AUGUAUUUCAUUGCCACUUAUUCCUUCGCAUUCGAAUUACCCCAAAACAAAACAGGCGUUCCUCUUACGCUUCACCUCACCAUGGUGGCUCAUCUUAACGACCCCUUGAUGCGCCCUGUACGGGAUUAUCAUUCGAUGGUGGUUUUGGUCGAUCAAGUGAUUUUAGAUGUCAUGAAUGUCGAGGCGGAGACGGGAGGGAAGGAUGCUUCUUCUGCCAGACGAGUAGAGGCGUAUGGCUUUGGUUUGACAUCGAAUACUUCCCAAACCGCAGAACUACGGUUUUCUUCUCCGUUCUUGGCUCCGCCCGACAUUCCAUUAAAUGAAGAGGGGGGAGUACGACUGGUGGACUUCUCCGUUUUACAUCCCUCACAAAAUGAGCGUGAAUUAACGGCAUUGGAUCUGGCGAAGAACCCGACGUCCAUAUGUAUUGUCUCUUCUGGAUGCAAGGUGGGAAACAAGAGGCGCAUUGGAAACCGUCCCGUGCUGGUGUCUCGAUUUAAGACGGGGGUCGAUGGUCUUUGCAAAUCUUCAUACAAGUCUCGGUUGGUAAUGGGAUUGAUUCGUCGCUACAAUACUGGUGAGGUGGAGGUGGAGCGAUGCUCGCAUCCUGUCGACCUUGCUUCCAUCCUUAACCAGGAGGAAUAUUCGGACAAAAUCGGAGCCAUGAUUUUCUCCCGGGGAGAGUAUAUGAGUUUCAGACUUAGAAGGCGCUGCUUUGCGGAACCGGAGCGAUACCGCACGGAACUACUCAUGCCGUAUGAUUACGACAACAGCGGUGUAGAAAUCAGUGAUGUUGUGGACGAUGACGAUAUCGUCAUGUUCUCUGCGCAAGGUACCAGAAUAUUACAUAAAGAAAAUGCCAGCGCAUCUGGCGGUGGCGACGAUGUUCCCAACGGUGAUGGCGGUCGCCCGGAUGAGAGUCAGAUGACUCCAAAAGCCGCCACUCCCACGGGUAUCACGGGGCAAUUGGUGGAGAAGCCGAUGCCACGUGUAACGGAUAGUGUGAUGACCUCUUACAACCAUGAAUAUCAAGGUUAUCUCCCCACACAGAAGAACGAGAAGGAGGCGGCAACGGGUUCAUCAAAUCGUUUUAUUAUAGGGGAGCCACAGCGGGAUGGGGAUUCACCCGUCGUAAAAACUUCUCGCGACAUUCAUGCAGAGGACUCUGAGUCUUUGCGGGGUAAAGGGAAUGCGGAGGGGGCUGAAUCAAAUGCGGAUGGUCGAGUGUCUUCACGCGACGUCUCCUUCGCAAGGGAAACCGGCAUGGCGGUUGAAACGGGACAAACUAAUCCUUUUGAGGAGACGACUAGCAAUUUUUUUUUUGAUUCCGAUGCCCCCAAAGAGGGGGCAGCGCAUGGAAGUUUGUCACUUGUCACUUUUGAAUUAAAUGCUAUGGGAGAGAUAAAUGAAAAUGACGAUACCCAAUGGGCCCUGCAAGUAGAGCCGUAUAUAUCAGAGACCAUUGAUGCCCCACGCGCAACAGAGAACACACGUGUUUACUGGUGGGAGAGCUAA